CCUCGUUUGAGUCUACCCCGUCAUGGAUCAUUGGGACAGUGGUUUUUCUAAUGGUUGCAGUUUCUUGGGCCAUGGAAAAAUUUCUCGGUUUCCUUGGUCAGGCAAGUAUCCCUAUCCCCUCCCUCAGACCUUAGACCCAGCAAUUUUUUUCUGUUGGAAAACUAAAACAAGAAAACAUGAUUGCAGAGGUUGAAAAAGAAAGAAAAGAAACCACUUUAUGAGGCCUUGCAGAAGAUCAAAGAAGGUGAUCAAACAACUUCUAGCUCCUUGUUUGCUUCUUUUUCCUCACAAUUACGCUCUGACACUUCUCCUGCAGAGUUAAUGCUAUUGGGAUUCGUAUCUCUGUUGCUAGCUGUGUUUCAAGAUGAGAUUGCAAGUAAGUGCAUACCAGAAAAUAUGGCAAAGAAGUGGAUUCCUUGUCAUUAUGACAAGUCAACCAGUAAAGCUACCUCCCAUUUGCAGAUCUCUCUAUUUUCCAAUGUUGGACGCCGCCUUUUAGCUGAAGAGGUUGCCGCUUCUUCCUGCCCAACGGGAAAGGCUCCUUUUGUAUCUGUUGGUGUACUUCAUCACCUUCAUUACCUUAUCUUUAUAUUAGCAAUUGUUCAUGUGGUGAGCUGCACAGUCACAGUUCUCCUGGGAGAAGUGAAGAUAAGUCAGUGGCGGAAGUGGGAGGAAUCUAUAAGAAAGCAGAUUGAUUUUAACAACGAUAGUAACAGGAUCAUAGAUGUCAGAAGCCUCACAUUUAUUAAGGAGCGGUUUGAAGGUGUUGAUGCUGAGAAACGGAAUUAUAUUAUGUCAUUCUUCAAGCACCUUUCUGGGAUUGUAACGAAAGCAGAUUACACAGCAAUGAGAUUGGGCUUCAUUUUGACACAUUGCAACGCGAAUCAGAGAUUUAACUUUCACAAGUACAUGGUGUAUGCCUAUGAAGCUGAUUUUCAGAAAGUUGUCUCAAUUAGUUGGUUCCUUUGGAUUUUUGUUGUUAUUUCCUUGACACUCAAUGUAGCAAGUUGGAAUAUAUAUCUUUGGAUAUCAAUCAUCCCCCUAAUUCUCCUACUUGUUGUUGGCACCAAACUGGAACAAGUCAUCACAGAGUUGGCUGUCUAUGUAGCUCAAAGACAUACCGUGAUUGUUGGAGAAGUAAGAAUUCAACCAUCAGAUGAGUAUUUUUGGUUCAGCAAACCCAAAUUUGUCCUCUGCUUGAUUCAUGUGAUUCUAUUCCUGAAUUCAUUUGGGUUUGCAGUUUUUUUCUGGACACUGCUUAAAUUCGGUUUCCACUCAUGUGUCAUGGGUGAAGCAAAAUAUGUGAUUGUAAGAAUAAUUGUAAUGGUGGUUGUUCAAACUAUUUGCAGUUACAGCACUCUACCACUGUAUGCAAUAGUGACACAGAUGGGAAGUUCUUACAAUGAGGAGGCGAUGAAAAGGCAUGGCUAUGUUUCUAGCAACCGCGUCACAGAAGACAGGAUUCUUCAAGGACCAAAUGCAACAACAUCAGUUGAGAUGACAAAUCAGUAGGGAGGACUAUACAGUUUUUGAAAUGCAAAAGAAGAGAAAUUUGUCGGUUGUAAUAAUUGAUCAAACCAAUAAGCAUCUAGAGAAAAGUAACAAACACACAAACACACAAGACUAUAGAUAUAUAAGGCAAUGACAACUAAUUCAAAGAUUUCUCAUUUUGAUUCUAGUUGCUGAACCUCCUAGAUAGUCAGACUAUAUAGUUGGAUUUUUGUGUCUUGUCUGGUAAGAAGUUUCAGAAUUUAGAAGAAUUUUCCUAGUUUUCUUGGA